CCCAGCGCUCAACGCCCGUUGUGCCCGCGACCAGAAGGCUAGGAACAUGGUGGUUUUCGGCGCUUGGGCUCGCGAGCGAACUCGUUUUUUUUUUUCCGUCCGCAAGAAGAGCGGGGGGCUCCCCCUCGUCCUCGACGCGGGGCGCGCCAACAUGCGCUUCGCGCCUCCGCCUCGGGUGGACCUUCUGACGGCCGAGGGCCUCGGCCGCGUCGAGGUGGAGCUUCCCGACGGACAGGGCUACUCUUCCCUCUGCUGCGGCGCGGCGGAUGUGCAGGGCGCCUUUCACGGGAUGGGCGUCCCGACCUGGCUCUCCCGCUGGUUCGGGCUGCCGCCCGUCCGCGCCUGCGCCGCCGACGUCGGGCUCCAGGGGGACGUCGACGCGGAGGUCGCCGGCCAGAUCUUGGAGCGUGGCGAGCUGCUCCGUGACAGGGGCCAGCCUUUGGUCCUCACCCUGCGCGGUGACGACGCGGGCAACGUCGGAGUCUUCGGGUCGGACGGCGGCGCGGCGGCCAAGUUGGAGGACGUCUGCGCGGCCUUCGAGGCGAGGGGCCUCGCCGUGCAUGAGGUCGCCACCUUCGACUCGGCCGUCGAGGCGUUCGGCGUCCUGCUGGGUGGUCGCCGCAGGCGCGCGCGGCUGACGGCGAGGCGCUUCAGGUGCGCGCGAGGCGCUCUGCUGGCCUUCGCUGGGCGGCGCCGCGCCUCUGGGCGGCAGGUGGAGGUCGCCCUGGGCCACGCCGCCUCGUGCGGGUUGGUGAGGCGCGAGAUGCUGUCGGUGUUUGCGACGGUCUACCCGUUCAUCAGGAAGCACUGCGACCAGCCUGUCGCCCUUUGGCCGUCGGUGGCCGCCGAGCUGAGAGCCUUUGCCGGGCUCAUGGUGCUAUUUGUCUCUAGUUGUGAGUCCGACUGGAACCCGCUG